CGAGCCUAUGAGCCCCCGCCGCCGCCGCCGCCGCCGCCGCACGACCAGGCCCAGGAAACGAUGCGGCUGCGCUGGUUGCUGCAGGCAUGAGCGGCUCGGGAGGAUCGCAAGAUGUCUUUCAAGAAGGAGACACCGCUUGCAAAUGCUGCAUUCUGGGCUGCAAGGAAAGGAAACUUGGCGCUACUUCAGCUCUUGUUGAACAGCGGGCGUGUUGAUGUGGACUGCAAAGACAGUGUAAGGACCCCGUUUCUUGGUUCAACAGCACUUAUGGUAGCGUCGUUCUAUGGCCACAAGGAAUGCGUGCGAGAAUUAGUGCUUCAAGGAGCUGAUAUUAAUCUUCAGCGAGAGUCUGGUGCCACUGCCCUGUUUUUUGCUGCACAGCAAGGCCACAAUGAUAUUGUGAAGUUUCUCUUUGAGUACGGAGCCUCCACAGAGUUUAAAACCAAAGACGGAGGCACUGCCCUAUUAGCUGCCUGUCAGCAUGGACACCUGAAAGUAGUGGAAACUUUACUGAAGCAUGGGGCCAACAUUCAAGACCAGCUUUAUGAUGGAGCUACUGCCCUUUUCCUGGCUGCUCAAGGAGGGUUCCUAGAUUUAAUUCGGUUAUUACUGUCUUCAGGAGCAAAAGUCAACCAGCCAAGGCAGGAUGGGACAGCUCCAUUGUGGAUAGCCUCUCAGAUGGGUCACAGCGAGGUAGUGAAAGUUAUGCUGCUUCGAGGAGCGGACCGAGAUGCUGCCAGGAAUGAUGGCACAACGGCUUUACUUAAAGCUGCAAGCAAAGGAUAUAGUGAUGUUAUAGAAGAAUUACUUAAAUUCUCCCCUGCCCUUGGUUUAUUGAAGAAUGGAACAUCUGCUCUCCAUGCAGCUGUUCUUGGUGGCAAUGCCAGAGCAGUAGCACUCCUCUUGGAAGCAGGAGCAGACCCUUGGCUUAGGAAUAAGAAAAAUGAACUGCCUUCAGACUUAACGAAAAAUGAGCGCAUCCUACGGAUCCUGAAGUCCAAAGAAAAGCACUGAAGGAGCUAAGGCAGCUUUGCAUCUUGAGAGAGCUGAAGAGUCCUGUCCAGGCUAGCCCUCAAACAAUGCCGGCUUUCCUGCAGAACUGGAAAUGUAUUACUGAGAAUCAAGAAAAUUAUGGAUGUUAUUCUGUGAAUGAGGUCAGGAUUCUCCAUGGUGUGGCACUGGCAAAGCAUUAUGCAACUAAGCUCACCAGUUUUUUGUCACAGCUUCAAUGCAGAGAGGAAUGAAUUCCUGAAGUAGCUUUCCUAACAGCCCUUAAUAUAGCGGAGUAGCUUCCCUCGUUGCUGUAGCUUUAUUAAUUUCUUGAAGUAAACCGUCCCAAAACUUGCACAGGCCUUUCCAGUGGUCCUGUGGCUAUUCUGAGGUCUAAGCAUUAUUUAAAAAAUAAUUUGACCAGACCUGGUUUAGUGUGAACCGUUCUCAUGCCCUGCAAGUAGUAUGGUACAUUGCUGGCACCAACGGUUUGGUUUCCCAUACAACAUCAGCCAACCUUGUAACAAUUAUUUUGACCUCUUCCUUUUGCACAUUGGUGUUAUGAAGGUUUGCAAUAAAGUUGUGGGGCAUUCAGUUGCAGCGGUCACUUGCUAAGUUCCAGCACUGCUGAAAUGUCACCAUCAUAGUAGGACUGUAUACUUACCUAGCAUGUAAUACUGAAGUCCCCUAUGAAUGAGUUUUACUGCCCAAAAAGCCACAGUGUGGUGAUCUCUAUGUAGAUUGCUUAUCACCCAGAUAGUUGUUUUUAUUUAUUCUUUCAUUCUUUUAUUGAAAUUAAGGCAUUUUUAUACUGGGCUUCAUAAUAUUUAUCCAGAGCAAGUUACAGAGCAAAUUAAAUUUUACUAAAUUCUAAAUCCUCAAAGGAUAAUGUAUGUCAGGGAGCUGAAUCUCAUUUUGGAGAGCUCUCAUGACUGUAUUUCAAUGGUGGGGGGGGGAUAUAUCAAAAGUAACAGCAUAUUUUAUCUUAUUUUUACUGAUCGUAACUAAGCCUCAGGAGAAAUGUGUCAGCCUUUUAGAAUAGGAGAAAAACUACACAAAAGCCAGGAAGCCACUGAACAAUCAGUGGCUGGGGAAAAGAGGAUGGGUCAAGGGAAGGUGUGUGACCACCUGGGAAAGUCCAGAGAGCCAGGUUGUAACCUGAGAGGGAUGGAUUUGGGGCUUGGGUGUUCAGUUCGGCACCCCUGGUGUAUGAUUUGGCCCUUAUACAGGUCCCAUGUAUCAAACAAAAAUGUAAUGAUUGCCCAGGUCUCUUGGAACUGCAGUGAACAAAAGCAACAGUAGGCAAAUUAAUCCCACACAUAUGAAAGCAAGUACAUGCUUCCAAAAUCUUGAUCAAUUCAUGAAUGCAUUAACCUUCAUUCUGGAAUAAAGAUUCAUAAAUUAGGCAAAAGGAAAGAUUUCAUUUUACAUACACAUUAUUUAGCAUUGUUGGAAGCCUGUUUUAAACAGCAUUUUAUUUUAUUUUUUUCAAUACAGUGAACACGGCUAGAAAAAGUUGAAGAAAACAAUCAAACCCAGCCAAUUUAGUUAGGAUUCAUAGAGUACAAAAUUGCCACAUUUUCAAGCUCUUGCUAGGUCGGCAAUAUAAUCUGGAGUGGCUUCAGGCUGGGUUAUAGCACAAAAGCAGGUACACACAUAUGCUCGUAUAAACAAGUUCAAGUUAUGCAUGACUUUUGACAACUGAAUAUGAUGGGUAAACUUCUUCAUUAAUAAGUAGUCCCAAAGCAUUCAAAGCAGUCUAGGAUAUAUUAUUCUUUGUAUACACUUGCUGUUCAGAGAAAAAAUAAACUAAGAUGGAAUAUGUUGUUUUGGUGCUUCCAAAUGAGGUGCUUAUGGUGCUAUCACCCUGCCUCAUUCACAGAAUUUUAGGAAAACUCUCCCAUGUUUUCCCACAACUACUACUCUCUUUUCUCUUGCUGCAGAAAACCUGUUAAGGUGCCACCAGGUUUGAGGAGUCCUCUGGUGAGGUGCCUUCUAAGGAACUUUCCACAGUGCCUGCUUUUUUUGCAUUCUAGCUCCUCCUCUUAUGGCUGUUGUGUGACUGAAGAAAAUGCUGCAGCACUGGCAGCCAGCUGGUCGAAGCAGCAGCCUCACCACUUGCCAUUUUAAAUAGAAAUAUUUCUAUUUCUAUUUAAUAGCCAGUGAGGGGACAGGAGCAGCAAAAGCAGCAUCUGAUUAGUUCAGAUAGCUAUUACUCACAAUUAGCAAAUGAAACUACCUUUUAUUUAAAACAACAUGCUGUGCAGGUUAACCAUCACCACCACCAUUCCUUUGACAGUGAAGUGGCAGCAAGGGAAGCCGUUACCACAUGCCAAAGACUUGUUCCAGGCCCUCCUGAACUGCCUGGCAUCAAAGCAGCAGCACCAUUGCAUUUGCCAUUUUGUGUCCCUUUUCGAGCUCUUUGCAGUCUGCUUUAACUGUCUAUUGUAAGCAAGUUUUCCCUCUCUCUUUCCUCCAGUGGGAACUUAGAAGCACAAUCCUUUUAUUAGAGGAUUUAAAAAAUAUAUUAAUUGGUUACAGUACAGUAUAAAUCAAAGUGGUGUUCUCAGGAUGUGGGAGAACCAUCUGCCCAUGUGAAGAGAUGAAUUCAAACUGAACCGUCCAAACUGUGCCUUCCUUCCCUCCCUUUCAGAAAAGAUUCUAACUCCACCGUCAGGGUGACACCUGCUGCUUGAGGGCUAGAUGCUGGAAACAUUGGCCUCUUCUUAACUGGUCCACUCACUUUGCCUGUCCUCUCCUGGCAGGGUCAAGGGACUCCAUCUCUUCCCCACCCAGUUCUGAAAUGCCUUCUUCCUUUUCCAAGCCAAGCUGUUUCUCAUGCUGUAUUUGAGAACUUGCCCUUGGUAACCUCAAACUGCCAAGUCAUCUGCCCCUUUAUCUCCUCCUCAGAAUCAGGUGGAUCUAUCUGAGCAGGCUAUAACAUGUGGGAGCUGGCCCUCCACUCUACAGUCACCAUCCAGAAUAAUUACAUCAUCCACAUACUUGUCUAUCUUUACACCUGUAGCUCUCCAGAACUUUUUAUCAGGCUAAAUGGUAUAAAAAACAUCCACCGAGUUCUGUCCAACUUUAGUUCUUUACCGGGGUCAACCAAAAUUCCUAUCAGUGUGUGGGCUUUUGAGUCCUCCCAGGAUUUUAUUUGUGUUCCUUAUGAACUUACCAUUCUUAUCACCACAUGCCACCUGAAAGUUUCCACAAUAGUUCAGGUGUCUGAUGAAAGAGGCUAUAUAUACUCCUUGAUAAUUAAUGCCAGAAUAAAUCCGUUAGUCUUUAAAAGUGCCACAAGACUCUUCAUUAUUUUUGUGCAAGAGUAACAACUACCCUCUGGAAAUUGUGUGGCUUACUAAACUAAACUAAAUGAGUUACUAAACUUAUCAGCUCAUAUAUAAAAUGCUGAAAUCUACCAUAUCUAAUCUGAAAAGCUUACUUCUUUAUUAUAAUGUAUUCUUGGUUUGCUUCCACAGAAUAAGUUUGCCUCAUUCAGCAUUCUAUUAAUAUUUGGAAUACAUAUAUUUGAAAACACAGACCCCACACAUUCUACUAGAUUUUCAAACUGAUGAGCAGGGGCAAAGUACUGGGACUGAUAAUCAAAUAAAUGAAGUAUCAAUCUAACUUGAUACCAGUCUGCAACAUAUUUUAGUCAUGAAUACCACCAUAUUGGUGAUAUUAACCUGCUUUUCAUAAAAUGUGCUUGGUAUUCAGCAGCAUUGUGCUUUGGACAUGCUUAGAAUCAUGGGGCAGAUGUCCUGCAGAACAAACGCAACACCAAUGAUGUAGGAAGUCACACUAAUAAAUGGUGCUUUAAAAAACAAACACACACAAAACUUACCUGUGCAGCAGAUUGUUUUUCUAACAGUCACAGAUGUUGCUGAUAACGCCACAUACUACUUCACUCAUGAAUGUGUUCAUGAUAUAAAGGGUUUUACCCUUAAAGAUGGCCUAAAAUAAUUUUAAAUAAAAAUAAUCCUAUCCCUGUGAAUUGUGGUUUCAUAAUUCAGUAUCUAGACAUAAUAUUCAUGCUAUCUGCUUUUAAACGUAUGUUAGUUUAUGGAUGAAGUUUUAGUGGCCAGGAAUGUAAAAUGCCUUUUCAAAAACUGCAGACUAAAAAUUCAAUUGAUUUAUUGCACUAUUACCUAGGUACUAAUAAUUUAAAAAUCACUGUAUUUUUGUGUGAUUCAUUUUGAGGUACACUGCUGAUCUGAAGGAUGGUAACUAUAGCACUUAUAAAUACAAGAGCCUUAUCUAGAGGAAAAGAAAUAAUUCUCUAGUAAAUUGUAAACACAGCUGCACUUUUGCUAACAAAGCAAUGCUUAUUUGAUUGUCAGACGUAUGUUGGAGCAGUUUGCUUUCCAGUUAGUAUAAGAUAAAAGAGGAAACUGCUUUAGUGAGUUCUUAUUACUGCAAUGCUGUUGCUAUGAAUGCUGUGAUAUCAUGUAUUUAAUUGUCUUAAGCACUUUAAAUAGAGUAUAGGGUUUUUAAAAAUGUAUGUGGAGCUGAAAACAUUGCAUUCAUAAUCGCUGGUAUCUGAUGUUACAAGUUCUGAGCUGCUUUCCAUUUUUUUUAUUUCUUGAUGGAAGGUUGAGAUACAAGGGUCUAAUUAAUUUUUUGAAAGUAACCAAUACAGUAACAACAUGCAGUAUGAUUCUUUAACAUGAUGAUUUUGUACAAAUGAUCUUGUUUAUAAAUUGCUAUGGGAAGAUACAUUGGUUGGCAUUCUGUCAACAGUGAUAGCUAAUGCCUUUCCAAAUCAACUCUUUUGUGGAAUGCAAACAGAAUUUCCUGUAGAUUUCUAAAUCUAGGCAGGGGAUCUGGUUCUUUAAAAGUUACUGAGUUAAGAAGUUUGACAACUCUUUUGCCGUGGAACUUGCCAAGGAAAGCAAAGAUGCUUAGGUUCUGGAAAUACUGGAUUUCAUACUCACCUUGCACUGAUGCAGAAGGAAAAUGCAUACCUGCUAAAUGAGCUUCAGGAAGUGGUGGGAAAGGCCACUGCCUGAAACCCUGGAGAGACAUUACUAGUCAGUGUAGACCAGGGGAGUGUCCCCUGAUUUGGAUGAUAAUUCCCAUAAAAAGCAGCCAGCAGUCAGACUGGGAAAGUGAUCCAAAAUGUAGGAAGGUACACGUUGCCUACUCCUGGGUGUAGACAAUACUGCAUCUAGGCAGGGAAAUGGUCUGAUUCAGUAUAAUGGGCAAACUAAACUGGGGCCCUCCAGUUCCCACCAGAUGCAGGGAUUAUGGUAACUAAUCCAAAACAUCUGGAGAGGCCUUGUAAUCAUACUUGUAUGGCAAGAUGACUUACUGUAACAGACCAUUUUUCUUAGGAGAGGACUGUCACCUAUUCAGACACAGCUCCAAUCCACCCUUGUUUGGUGAAUCUAAAAGAAGUGAGAUAUAAAUUGACACAAUAGGAAACCAGAUUAAAUGAAUUUUAACAACCAGAAUGGAAUAGAGGGUCCUUGCCAACAUUUUACAUUUCCUCUCAUGCUUAAAGAUAGCACAUUUUCAGAAAUGAAAAAGAGUCUACCCACACAGCUAUACAGUACUUUAAAUUAUGGGCUAUAUAAUGAUUAGGUUCACACAGGGGAGGCAUUAAAUUAAACAGUUUCAAUUGAUAUUAUCAGUUCAAGGUUUUAGCCUGCAAUGGAAGACUGAUGUCACAGAAUCAUAGACUAUAGAGUUGAAAACAGCCUAUCAAGCCAUUGAGUCCAGGCCCCUGCUCAAUAUGGGACUCCAAAUUAAAGCUGUCUCUUUAUAGGGCUUUGUUUCCAGCCCCUUGAUUAUCCUUGUUGUCUUCCUCUGAGCAUCUUCUUGUAUGUCUACACUUCUGUUAAUAGAAGUUAGGACUACUUUUUCCAGUAUUUCUUAAAACCAGGAGAUGAUGAUGAUAAUUAGCUAUGCAUGUGAAAGGUAGGACAGAACGGUUCCAUCAGCUUGUGUGUUUAUGGAAGAAGAAUUACAUUUAGCAGGCCACCACAGGAACAUUACAACAUUCAUACUUUUCCCAACAGGAACAUUGUCUGUAAUCUGCCUGGGGAGCCAUGUGGCUAAUGGGGCAGGCUAAAAAUCUAAUAAAAUAAACAUGAACCUCUGUAUCAGAAACAAUGCAUAUGUAUGUAAGUUUUAGAACAUGUAUGUUCAUCAUAAAUACUUGUAAUAAUGCUGAUAUAUCUGAUCCAUGGUGUGACUAAGUAACAUAGUGGUGCAAUAAGUCUUGGAUAGAUAUGUGGGACCUUAAUUGUAUUGCAAAAUCUGAGUCUAUAUUCCUUUUGUGAGAGCAUUUAAAUUAUGAUUUGCAAUAUACAAAUAAUCCAUUUAAAAUAGCUGGCCUUCAGUGCUUGAAUGAAAAUAAAAAUAGGUGCAUUAAACAGCCCAAAAGUUUGUAGCAUCUAGUACUGUACCAUUUUAGAUCAGUUGUGCUUGUCAAAUAAUCUCAUUUCCUUCCAGUGCCUGAAGGGGACAUAGCGAAUUGCAAUGGACUUUCCAUACUUCUAAGAAUAUAGUGCUUUUCAUGCAUGUACCGCCUAUUAUGUUCUAUCCACUCUGAUGGUUGUGUCAAAAAAAUAUAUGAACCUGCCAUUUUAAUAUUUUAAGCAUUAAAAAUAUGCUAUAACACUCUCCAUUUAAGACAGGGUGGUCUUUCAGAUGUUUGGGCUAUGAUUCCCCAGUCUUCACCAUUGACUAUGCAGAAUAGGUAAGAUUGUAGACCCAAACAUCUUAAGUUUCCCAUCCCUGAUUUUAGUUUUAUUUAGUUCUAUUACUGUAACCACUUUAAAUAUAAAUAAGCUUAAAUAUUUUAGCACAAAGUAAAAGACUGGGUGGGGGAAUAAAAACAGUUCUAAAGUAUUGCUAACUAGAAAGGAAUUGAUUUAAAAAAAUAACAUAUUUUUUUUCAAAUUGAACUAAUCCACAUUUUCAUUUAAGUUCCAGUAUGUAUCUAAUAUAAUUACAUACACAGCUAGGUAAAACAAAUGUCCUCAUACAAAUUAAAUAAGAAUUUUAAAAAGAGAAAAACCACCACCAACAUGGCAAUGAGAGGAGAGGCAAUUGUACUCCCUGCUAUGUUGAAGUGUAGAUUCAAAUGGAAGUUUGGGUGUUGAUUGGCUCAGCCCCACAGCACAAAGGUGCAGAUUGUAGUACUGUUCCAUGCUUUCCCCACAAAAGAUUUUUUUUUGGUUUGAAAAGAAGUAAAAGAAUUAUAGGGAAACAAUGAUGUACAGUUUGACGCAUAGCAGUGCCCUGUAAAAAAAAUAAGAGAACAAAAGUGAUCCAGAAUAAAGCACGCACAAAUACAUGCUCCCUACCCCAUUUUCCCCACAAAAAGGAGAGUGGGAGGGAGAGGGUACUUGUAAAAUACUUUGGUGGAAUCCUAGGUGUACUGUACUGUACAGUGAGAACAACAGUUAAGACUCUGUUCAUAACAACCAAAGAUAUAAAGCAUAGCUGUGUUUCGCAGCAAUACAUGCAAGCAUGUACGGGUGGGAAUGAAUUCAGUUGUCCUCUGUUAACAGCACAUCUGUACUUGCUUGAAAGGGUUUUCCAGACUGAGUCCUGCUUUCCUCAUAUCUCUGCAUAAUACUGUGUCUUUGCCAAACCGUGUGCAUUUAAUUUCUUUCCUCCAGUGUCACAGUUCAAGCUACUUUUCCUUGGAAUCAUUAGAAUUAAAAGAUUA